AUGGCAUUAACAUCGUUCGGUUCUUCUAUCACCAACACUUUGUUUCUCACUCAUCUCCCAACAUCACCUCGUACUAAUUUUAGAUUCACUACCUCAACUCUCAGCUAUGGCCACACUCUCUUCUAUUCUCACCAAACACCUUCUGUUGCCACUAUUGUUUGUUCUGCUUCCAAUAAAUCAUCUAAUUCUCCUCAAAUUAGCUCUACAGCCAAGAUAAGGAGCGAGGUUCUAUCUCCCUUUCGGGCUGUUAGAAUGUUCUUUUACACCGCUUUUAUUGCAAGUGCUUCUCUUGGAACACUCAUAGCAAUCACGCAACUAAUUGGCGCGUUGUCUAAUCCAUCAAGAGCAUCCGAAGUUCCUGAGAUUCUCAAAGGCCUUGGCAUUGACAUUGGAGCAGUAUCUUUGUUCGCUUUCUUGUACUUAAGAGAUAACAAAGCCAAGAAUGCACAAGAGGCUCGGCUCUCUCGAGAGGAGUUUCUGUCAAAUCUUAAGCUCCGUGUGAGCCAGAAGAAGAUCAUUCCUGUUAACUCAUUGAGAGGAAUUGCUCGGCUUGUAAUCUGUGUUGGACCAGCUUCCUUUAUAACUGAGUCUUUCAAGCGCAGCGAGCCUUUCACCGAAAGUCUUUUGGAUCGAGGAGUGCUUGUUGUUCCCUUCGUAACGGAUGGAAAUUCACCUGUUUUGGAGUUUGAGGAAACGGAGGAGACCGAACAAGGGAAGCAACUUGCCACCAGAAGGAAGAGACUAUGGCAGCUUGCGCCAGCUAUCGUUUCUGAGUGGUCUGAGUGGCUAGAUGAACAAAAGAAGAUGGCAGGUGUUUCCUCUGAUUCUCCAGUGUAUCUAUCUUUACGCUUGGAUGGUCGAGUUCGUGGCAGUGGCAUUGGUUAUCCUCCUUGGAAUGCUUUGGUCGCACAAUUACCACCAGUUAAGGGAAUCUGGACUGGCCUACUAGAUGGUAUGGAUGGUAGAGUUUAG